UCAGUAACAGGAUUUCGUUGAAGAUCUUUGAAAUGAGCUUAGACGCUGCAGUGAGUGUAUUAACCAGAGCUGUGGAGCUUGAUCAAGCUCAAAGCUACUCUGAGGCAUUAGUGUGCUAUCAAGAAGGUCUAGCCUUGUUAAUGAACGUUCUGAAAGACACAAAAGAUGACUCGCAGAAGGUACACUACCGUGCAAAGAUGGAGUCCUACAUUGAACGGGCAGAAAAACUGAAAAAAUUGGUCAGGGAACAGCAAGAGGCGGGAACUUUUCACGAGAAACUCAAUAUCACAGAAGGAUCCACUGGAUAUAGCUAUAGACGCGUGUUUGAGAAGUACUUGGAGGGUAAUGUUCAAGAAGUUGUAGUCGAAGAUCCCUACAUUCGAAACAUUCACCAGAUAUAUAAUUUUCUUCGAUUUUGCGAGUUGCUGGUGCGUAAAGGAACGGUGCGGAACAUAAAACUGCUUACCACUCAAGAUGAAGAUCAAGAGAGUCAAAAUAAUCAGGCUAAGAGACUUCAAGGACUAAAAAACAGUUUAAAAAAAUACAACAUAAAUCUUGAGAUUGGAUUCUCUCAAACACUUCAUGAUCGCGAGAUUAGAUUCAGCAAUGGCUGGGUGAUCAAAAUUGGUAGAGGACUUGACUACUUCAAACCUCCUCCAGGAAAGUUCUGUAUUGGUUUCUGUGACUUUGACUUACGAGAAUGUCAUGAGACAGUAGUUGACAUUUAUCUGAAGAAAGUAUGAAAAAGUGAUCAGGGCUAUUUAGCCUUAAGUGCAUGUAAUUGCAUAAUCCUGUUAGUAUUUGUUGUAUGUGUUGAUGAGAGACAAUAUCCCUUAGAGCUCUUUCUGUGUCCUUGCAGAUGGGAUGGGAUGAACAGAGCCUCUGGUGUGGGAUGUAGGGUAGAAGGAGCAGAUCCAAUCUAGUUAGGGGGUAAUGGGAGUAAACCCAUGUAGUGUGGGUA